GUGCUUGUUCACAGUCGCCAUCUUGACUGUAGAUGUAGUUGUUCGGGCAGAGAAAGACAACGGCGGAGUAACGGGAACUGGGUCGGUUUGGAAAUUAAAUUAAACAGAAAAAAACGCCGCCGAGCGUGGAAACUGCGACACUUAAAAAAGGCUGGGAUCUUCUGCUUUCACUGCCUGUUGCUGCAGAUGGAGGAGUAGCUGCUGGAGAGAAGGAUGAAGAUGAGCUCCAUGUUCUUCCUGGUCCUCCCGAUCCAUCCUGUUAUCUUUAUUUAGCUGGUGUUUUUUUUUUUAAGACUGAAAAAGUUGCUUACACAGUACAGCAACCUUAUUAGCAUCCAAGCAGUUAUUUGCUACCACUUUUUAUAGACAGACCGUGAUUAGUUUAUUAUAAUCAUGGCUAACAUUUGCUCAUAUGGCCGCUUCACCCACGCCGUGGUGCGGGGCAUCCCAGAGACCUUUGGGAAGACAGAAGGAGACGGUCGUGAGAACGGGGAGUCCUCGGUGGACCUGGCUAAAGCUCAGCGUCAGUUCGGCUGCCUGACAGGAGCUCUGAGGCAGAAAGUGGGCCUGCAACUGAUUGAGAUCCCCCCUGACCCCGAGCUGCCAGAGAGCUGGAGGAUAGAGGACGUGGCCGUCAUCCAGGGAGACACAGCGCUCAUCACCAGGCCCUUCAAACAGCAGAGACGCAGCGAGGUGGAGGCUGUGAGGAGAGUGAUGUCCGAGCUGAACCUGACCGUGGUGGAGAUGGGGGCCGAGGAGGGCGACACUGGAGGCGCCACGCUGGAGGGCAGCGACGUCCUCUUCACGGGGAGGGAGUUCUUUGUCGGCAUCUCAUCCCACACCAACCACAGAGGGGCAGAAGUCCUGGCAGACACGUUCAGGGACUUUGCUGUGUCCACCGUCCCCGUCUGCGGUGGAGCUCGACUGAGAAACAUCUGCUCAAUGGGAGGGCCCGACACAAUCAUCAUCAGCAACAGUGACGGGGCCAAGAAGACACUCAGAAUGAUGGAGCAGCUGACUGAUCACCACUAUGAAGUCCUCACUGUUCCCGAGGAAUCAGCAGCAAACUGCAUCUACAUCAAAGGUCCGUCCAAACUGGACUUCCUGCUCCACCGGCCCGCAGAGGAAUGUCCCGACAGCGUCUCUGCUUUCCAAAAGCUCCAGGACUAUACCCUCCUGCCAACAGCCUGUAGCGAGGCGUCCAAACUGGGAGCGUCUCUGUCCUCGCUUUGCCUCCUCAUCAACAGAAAACACACAUAUUUCUGAAGGGCAAGCCUCAUACAAAGCUUUUUACCUGCAUGUUAAUAGUGAGGUGCAGGGAGAUCACAUAAACACUUUCCCCAGAUUCUAGUCUAUUUAUUUCUUCUAGAGGAAAACACUGACAUGCAGCAUCUGUAUGAGAAUAUGAUCCAACUGUAACAUCUGUUAACUGACUUACUGUAAGCGGAUUCUUACCACUGCUGCCCCCCCUGCUGAACGAACAGUACAGCUCACAGAUUUGUGCUCAAAACUUUUAGAAUAAUUACCAGUGAAACCAUUAAAUUCACAUGUAGCUUUUAA